CUCUUACGUUGUCCUCAGCAGGCUUCCGUACCAUCCGGGUUUCUCCGUCUGUGUGAGUGGAAGAAGGUGACCCAGGAUGACCACAGCGGCUCGGCCCACGUUUGAGCCCGCCAGAGGGGGGCGGGGCAAAGGAGAGGGCGAUCUGAGCGCGCUCUCUAAGCAGUACUCCAGCAGAGACCUGCCUGGACACACCAAGAUCAAAUACAGGCAGCCCACCCAGGACGCCCCCGAGGAGGUCCGUAACCGUGACUUCAGGCGUGAGCUGGAGGAGAGAGAGAGAGUGGCAGUGAAGAGCAGAGAGAGAGGAGCCAGAGAGCACACCACCUCUUCCUCUUCCUCCUCCUCAUCUUCAUCCUCCAAGCGGCCACGGCUGGAUCAGAUUCCUGCAGCUAACCUGGACGCAGACGACCCCCUAACUGAUGAUGAAGACGACUCAGACUCUGACUCUGACAGUGAUGACGACACCGCCGCCCUGCUGGCCGAACUGGAGAAGAUCAAGAAGGAGCGAGCAGAGGAACAGGAGAGGAAGGAGCGAGAGCAGAAGGCUGAGGAGGAGCGAAUCAGGAUGGAGAACAUUCUGAGUGGGAAUCCACUGCUGAACCUCGCAGGACAACAACAGCAGCAGCAGCAACAACACACACAGAACCAGAACAGCUUCAGAGUCAAACGCAGGUGGGACGAUGACGUGGUGUUUAAGAACUGCGCUAAAGGAGUCGACGAGUCUCGUAAAGAGAAACGCUUCAUUAACGACACGCUGCGCUCAGAGUUCCACAAAAAGUUCAUGGAAAAAUACGUCAAAUAGAGUUCAGUGGAGCUGAUUAGAGUUCAGUGGAGCUGAUUAGAGUUCAGUGGAGUUGAACAGACUGAACUUCAUUCUGUUUUUCUCUUUUAUCUUUACUGAUCGUGUUAUUAUUUAGCAGUGCUCAGCGUCGGCCGUGUUUUCUGUUUUGCUGUUUGUAAUUAAAGGUUUUGCUUUUGUUUA